UCUCUCUGCGGCCGGAGCGCGCAUGCGCGGCGCAGCCCUGGGGGCUGCGCUGGAGACCAGACGCACACGCAGAGCGGAGGGGAUGUGAAAUGCGCCGGCAUCCUACGGUCGCUGUCAGUGUCACCCGCCGGUGACGCCGUCGCUAUGACACAGUACCUCUGAUCGCUCCGAUACUGGGACAGGCGGCUUACUGUUAAGAGAGAAGCGCUGGAGAUUGAGACAAUAUAAGAAAAGAGAACACUUGGCACAGGUCUCUGAACGGCAGCCAUGCCUCUAGUGAAGAGGAGCAUCGAGCCCCGGCAUCUGUGUCGAGGAGCUCUGCCCCAAGGGGUCAGCAGCGAGCUGGAAUGUGUCACCAACACCACCUUGGCGGCCAUUAUUAAGCAGCUGGGGAACCUAAGCAGGCACGCCGAGGACGUCUUUGCUGAGCUGUUUAUUGAGGCCAACAGCUUCUACAUGCGGAUGAGCAGCCUGCAGGAGAAGGUCGACCUGCUGGCCGUCAGAGUCACCCAGCUGGACUCUACCGUGGAAGAAGUGUCCCUCCAGGAUAUCAACAUGAGGAAGGCUUUCAAGAGCUCCACCCUUCAGAGCCAGCAGGUCGUCUCCCGGAACUCCACCCCCAACCCCGUGAUGGAGAUUUACCACCACUGUGACAAGCCCCCUCCCCUCAACAUCCUCAGCCCCUACAGGGACGACAAGAAGGACGGGCUGAAGUUCUACACAGACCCCUCCUACUUCUUCAACCUGUGGAAGGAGAAGAUGCUGCAGGCGACGGAAAACAAACGGAAGGAGAAGCGGCGGCAGAAGGAGCAGAAACAGCUAGAGGACCCAAGUCGCGAGGUGAAGAAGGUGAGGAAGGCACGAAAUCGGCGCCAGCAGUGGAACAUGAUGGCCUAUGACAAGGAGCUACGCCCGGACAGCCGCCUGACCCCGUCCCCCUAUCACGGCCGGUCCUCUGAGAGCUCCCUCUCACCCGACAGCAGGUCAGUGAUGUCAGACCUAGGGGUGCCUUCCUACCCUGCCAGCCCCAUCCACCCCGGCCAGCUUAGCAGCUCAGGCUCCUACUCCACAUCUGAGGGGAAGGAUGCCCUGGGGGCCCCCGCCCACUCCCAGUCCCUGGACAGGGUUUAUCCCCCUCCAGCCACAGCUGCCGGCCGGCAGAACUCACUGGGACGCAAGCAGCCCACUCAUGCCCCCAUGGCCGCUGAUGCUGCCCUUAAUGGGCCCCGCCCACAGCCUAUGAAGGACUACAGUGGGCCACAGAUGCUGGAUUACUAUGUGCCACCAGUUGCACCGGCGGCUCCGCCGCUCAUCCCCUCAGCCCAGACGGCCUUUGACAGUCCAACCGUGUCCCCGGCCCCACCUGCUUCUACCACCAUAUCCGCCAUGUCCCGACCCUAUAGCCCCUCUCCCCCACUUGCCCCACCCUCAGCUUACGCUGCUUCUCCAUCCCACCCUGCCCCUGGGGGCCCCCCGGUGGCCCCUCCACCACCCCCUCCUGGUCCCCCCACUCAUGUCCUAUACCCCAUACGUGGUGGGACCUCUACAGUCAGUGAGGCACCUCCACGGAAAGGUCAGGUCCCGCUAAUACCCAUGAGCGACGCCCGCAGCGACCUGCUUGCUGCUAUUCGCAGAGGCAUCCAGCUGCGUAAAGUGCAAGAGCAGCGAGAGCAAGAGGCUAAGAAGGAGCCAGUGGCCAACGACGUGGCCACGAUCCUGUCCCGGCGCAUCGCUGUGGAGUACAGCGAGUCAGACGAUGACUCAGAGCUGGAGGAUAAUGAGUGGUCGGACUGAGGUCGGCAAGAUAGACCCACAGGACCCCGCUGUGCUGUGAAGAUGCUGGAGAAAACACUGGAAUAAGGGCGCUGUUAAUAAGCCAGUAAGAGGGUACAAGAUAUUACACUGCAAAACAGUACAGCGACAUACAGUGUUACAUUGACAUGGUUAUGCAGCAUCACUGUAAAGUCUUCUUACAGCGUUACACUGACACGUUUAUACAACAUCACUGUAAAGUCCUCUUAGAGAGUUACAUUGACAUGGUUAUAUAGUAUCACUGUAAAGUCCUCUUGCAGCGUUAUAUUGACAUGGUUACACCGCAUCACUGUAAAGUCCUUAUCCAGCAUUACACUGACAGGUUUAUACAACAUCACUGUAAAGUCCUCUUAGAGAGUUACAUUGACAUGGUUAUACAGUAUCACUGUAAAGUCCUUAUCCAGCAUUACAUUGACAUGAUUAUACAGCAUCACUGUAAAGUCCUCUAACCACCUUACAUUGACAUGGUUAUACAUCAUCACUGUAAAGUCCUCUAACAGUGUUACAUUGACAUGGUUAUACAGAAUCACUGUAAAGUGCUCUAAUAGCCUUACAUUGACCUGGUUAUACCACAUCACUGUAAAGUCCUCUAACAGUGUUACAUUGACCUGGUUAUAUAGCCUCACUGUAAAGUCCUCUUAGAGCGUUACAUUGACAUGGAUAUAUAGCAUCACUGUAAAGUCCUACAGCAUUACAUUGACAUGGUUAUACAGUAUCACUGUAAAGUCCUCUAGCAGCAUUACAUUGACAUGGUUAUACAGCAUCAUUGCAAAGUCCUCUUACAGUGUUACAUUGACCUGGUAAUAGAGAAUCACUGUGAAGUCCUCUUAAUGAGUUACAUGGACAUGGUUAUACAGCAUCAUUGUAAAGUCCUCUUACAGUGUUACAUUGACAUGGUUACACCGCAUCACUGUAAAGUCCUUGUACAGUGUUACAUUGACAUGGUUAUACACUAUCACUGUAAAGUCCUCUAACAGCGUUAUAUUGACAUGGUUAUACAGCAUCACUGUAAAGUCCUCUUAAAGCGUUAGAUUAACAUUGUUAUACAGAAUCACUGUAAAGUCCUCUUACAGCGUUUCAUUGACAUGGUUACAUCGUAUCACUGUCCUCUUACAGAGCUACAUUGACAUAGUUAUACAGCAUCACUGUAAAGUCCUCUCAUAGUGUUAUGUUGACUUGCUUAUACCACACACUGUAGAAAUCUUUUUAUCAUUGGGAUGAUAUUCAUAGCAACACUGCACCUAAUGCCGCUCUGCUAAUAGUAGCAUUGAGCUUAUGUCUUAUGGAGACAGAAAGGAAUACUGCCUCUGGGGCUUUAUUAACCCUGUCUGUAAUAACUGUGUCUCAGCCCUAACUUGGCCUCUGACUCCUAACCAGUCUGCACCAGUUCUUCUACCAAGAUCAAAUCCCUCGGAUUUCUUUCCAUUGAACUCCACUUGAAUCACUUUACUUAAUUCAUAGAUGUUUUAUAUAAUUAUCCUAGUAACUUCAGAUUAUUUAUUACGAUCAUUGUUUAUGGAGUAUUGAUGAAUAAAGAAGCACCACAAGACAUACAAAAUUUAGGUUUGAUUUAAAAACAGCCUAUCUAUGCAAAUACGGCAACAAUUUGCAUGUUCAGUUAACAAAGUAGAUCCUGGAAUAGUUCCAGAGAUUUUAGGAAACUAAAAAUGAGCACUGUCCCUCAGUAUGUAACAGCAUCAAUCUAAGUUGCAAGUUAGUAUAACUGUAUUACUAUAUAACUGUAUUGCCAUAUUAACUCUGUUAACAGAACUGUUAGUGUCUCAGGAGACUGCAGAGAGUCAUCGCAGGUUUGAUGCCUUCAGAUAUAGAGGUGAAGAGAAGCUGUAGCACAGUGAUCUCCAGUCUGGUCUUUGAGUCCCACAGACAGUCCAAGUUUUUGCUCCCUCCCAGCUCCCUACCAGACAGUCUAUGUUUUUGCUCCCUCCCAGCUCCCUACCAGACAGUCCAUGUUUUUGCUCCCUCCCAGCUCCCUACC